UGACCAAUUAAAGGGUAAUUCACUGAGAGGUUCCUGUGGAAGGCAAUGUUGCAUCAUGGCAAGGAAUCUAGGAGGGAAACUUGGAUUCAAGUCUGGCUUCUGAUAAUAUACAAUCCAACCAUGGGCCCCUGUGCAGAUCACUUGGCCUGUGACACCGAAUGUUACCGAGAUGCUGAGUAUUUGGUCCUGGCCAAGAGCAACCUACAGUUGUAAAGUCAGUGGUGCAGACCACUGGGUGCGGGGGCACACAAAGAAAAUGAAGACUCGUGGAACUUGGAGAGGAGUGUGGAGGUGUGUGUGGCUCACUGAAGGCCUGGGGAAAAGGUAGCAUUUGAGUUGAACUUGCAAGAAAAUUUCAGGCAGUGGAGAGGGGCAUUCUGGGUCUGAUAGAAACCUAAAGGUGUAGGCUGACCCCUGAGGGUAAAGGUCCUUAAAUUCUUGGCAGGCUGAGGAUUUGGGAUUUUUUUUUCCCCAGGGCAGCAGGGAGCUCUUGAAGACUUAUGAGCCUAGGAAGAGAAAUAAUCCACCUUAGAGGGUUGGGCAGGAAGAGACCAAGGGGACCACGUAUGAUAUUUUGUAGAGAAAGUGGUUUUGGGCUUUUUCUAAAGAUUUUCAGCAACAAGACUUACUAUUAAAGAGUUACCCUUUUUACCAGAGAACUACUUUUUCUGGAACAGCCUAUUUUCUCUGGCCCUGAAAGGUCACAUGAAAUAAGGUGUUUACGUAGCAUGAGAGUGUAAAUACCACCUUUGGCUAGCACCUGGCAUGUGAGUGCCAGCACCAACUCCCUCUGCAUCAGGUGUGGCACAAGUAGAGCAGGGGUAUCAUGCCCCAGCACUGGACAGCAUAGGACUUUGAUAGCCUCUCAAACCCAUUCCUGGCAUCUCCAACUGCCUCAAUCCUUUGUCUCCCCAACUGGGAUAUCUUAGCUCAAACACCUGUAGCCUGAAUGUAGGAGAGAUUUCGUUGGCACCUCCUUGACUCGGUCCCAGCCUUCUCUCCUCCUCCACUGAAAAGGGGUUACAGCUCCUUUUUAAAUUCCGUCUAGGAAAUGAGGCCCUGCCUCAGGUGAGAACAUGGGCCCAGCACCCAAGCUGCCCAAGCCACCCAGGGACGGCGAGAGGCCUUACAAUGUAGGCUUUUUCAUCCCUGGGUCUCAAAUUAAGAGAUGCAGCUGGCCUUUGGGUGCCGGUAAAAACCCUGGUUCAAAUUGCUUCUUUCAAAUCUUUUGCCUUUAUUCUGGUUCACUUUUUGCAGACACCCUUUGUUACUUCUCCCCUGAUAAGUAGAAACAAUUCAGUUUGUCAGCCCACUGAGGCACUAAACAGCAGCCAAUGCUGGCAUCCCUACCAGAAGCUAGAAGAGGAAGCCACCCAACAAAACACUAGAACCCUAAAAGGGUUCUUUUAUUUUUUUGACUUAAUUUGUCAAUUUAGAACAUUAUUCCUUGGUUACAAGAAUCAUGUUAUUUCCCUCCCUCCCCUCUUCCCCAGCCUUCCUGUAUUUUAUUGGGUAUUACAUGUGUCCUUGAUCAGAACCCAUUUCCAUGUUGUUGGUGUUUGCACUAGGAUGUUCCUUUAGAGUCGACAUCCCCCAGUUGUAUCUCCUCGACCCAUGUAGUCAAGCAGUUGCUUUUCAGUGUUUUUACUCCCAGUUUUUCCUCUGAAUGUGGAUAGUGUUCUUUCUCGUAGAUACCUCCAAGUUGAAAAGGGUUCUUUUACAGAAGAGUCCAAACCUCAUGGGACUGGAACUCAGGAUUCCUGAGUGCCAAAAUUCUGCAGUGUAAAGCUGUUUGCUGGUAAUAUUCUUCCUCUCCUAGCCAUGCCUCCUCUAGGGUCACACUGCUAGGAAGUGUGCUAGAUUUGAACCCAGGACCUCCAGUCUGGCUCUCAGUCUACUGAGCUACCCAACUCCACUAAGCAUUUUCAGAGGAAUACUGAGAACACAUUUUCCUUUCUAAAUUUCCAAGACCACCCAGUUUUGAGCAAAGCAAGAAGAAGAGUUGAAGGAGUGCCUGCUGGGUGAGGUAGAGGAGAAUUAAUCAUCAACCUGUCCUAGACAGCAGCUUCUCUGGCCUCUGUCCCUCAGCCCUUUGGAGAUUCAGAAACUGCUUGGUAGCCUUUCCUCUGGAACCAUAUGGCAUUUAAACAAGCCCCAAUUGUGAACAUUUUAUAUUUAGAACAUUUUUCUGUCAAACAGCAACACUUGAAAAUCAUCUCUUUCCCUCCCUCUUCCUGUCACGGAUGCUGCCAAAGGGUUCAUAAGUAUUGAAGAAUCGCUGAAGGAAGUGAGAUAGGGGGCUGUGGGUGACAUGAUUCAGGUGAGAGGUCGUUCUGUAAACCGGAGCAAUAAACACUAAUAGGAUUAAUAAACACCGUUGCCUCGGAAUUCCGAACCUAGUCCAACCCCUUUAUUUUAAAGGUGGGGAAACUGAGGCCCAGGAAAGUCCUGUGACUCGCCCAACUUGCGUUGGACUUGAGGUAUAUUGGAAAGGCCCGGAACCCUGCUCUGCCACUGACGAGUCACCGUGUGCCCUAGGGCGAGGCCCUGGCAUCUCGGGCUCUGCUUCCUCCGCUGGACUAAACGGGCUCCAAGGGCCCUCUACAUCUGUCGCUGGAGAGACCUGGACGAUUCCCUGGAUUUGGGUCCUUUCAUCGAAUCCAGGAUUAUCUCUUCGAGAGGGAAAAAGGAGUGGGACUCCUAGGGGACAGCGGGAGUCGCUGGGCAAGGGGGGGAACGAAGGGACUCAGCUUCCAGGGUCUGGGCUGUAUAUCCCCGCCGCCUGCCCUACGUCGUGGGGGCUGAAAGCACACCUCUGACUUCAAGUCUUAGUCCACACAACUGUGGGCCCCGCGCAUGUGCAAGGCUGGGAAUGUGGGCUUCGAGCUACGACCCGCGGGGGCGGGGCUUGUGAGUCGGAGAUGUGCUGCUACCGGUUGUCGUGACAACAACCAGGCAAGGGGCGUCUCCUUGUACUCUCCUGAACCCCGCCUCCUCAGUUGUCCAUUCCCGGCCUGAGCCGCCUUUGCGUCACGGGGUUGGUGGGUGGAUGGGGUGGCUUUUCUGUCGGCCCAAUGGCAGGGCAGGGCUAGCCUCCCCUUUAAGGAAUGUUGUGAAGUGACGUCACCGAACCGAGUUACCUUCUCCUCCGGGCCGCAGAAGCUCGGUUUUGAGAACCAGAGCGAACCCGAGCACGCACGAGCGAGCCUGGAGCAGCAGCAGCGGCAACACUCGGAUUCCUGACCCUGAACUUCCCACCCCACCCCUGCCCGACCUAGGCCCCGGCACGAUGCCCUCCGACCGGCCCUUCAAGCAGCGACGGAGCUUCGCCGACAGAUGCAAGGAAGUCCAGCAGAUCCGGGAGCAGCACCCCAGUAAGAUCCCGGUGAUUAUUGAGCGAUACAAAGGGGAAAAACAGCUGCCGGUCCUGGACAAGACCAAGUUCCUAGUCCCUGACCAUGUCAACAUGAGUGAAUUAGUGAAGAUCAUCCGCCGCAGACUCCAACUGAAUCCCACUCAGGCCUUCUUCCUCCUGGUAAACCAGCAUAGCAUGGUCAGUGUCUCCACACCCAUCUCAGAGAUCUAUGAGCAGGAGAAGGAUGAAGAUGGCUUCCUCUACAUGGUUUAUGCCUCCCAAGAGACCUUUGGCUUCUAAACAAAAAGGGGCAUGGAGUAUCCUGGCCCUGGGGAAAGAUAGUAGCUGGGGAGGUGACAGCCAGGUCCCCAAUUCCAGAACUAUAAAGCUCCUGUAACUACCCCCUCUCUGGGCCCCUUUCCCAGGACCCAAAGUAGGGGUAGUUGGCUUAGAUCAAUGCCAAACGAAGGACUUUGCCCACCCAGGGCUGGAGAGAGAAUAGAGGACAUCCUGUGUCAACAAUGAAUUUUCAUCUAUCCCAAUUCUGUGCACAUAUCAACUCUCGGUGCUACCCCCAGAUGCGAGAGCCCUGGGGGCCGCUGUCUGUCUGUGUGUCUGUGGUCGGGGGAUGAGAAUAUGUAUAUAUAAAUAUAUGGCAGGCCCCUCCCAGUUCUGAAGGUGGCCCUUGUUGAAAGUGGGAGGAGGAGAGGAGAAGGUGGGCACUUGUGGCCUUGGCCCUGCCUUGGCUCUGGUUUUUUUUUUGUUUUUUUUUUUUAGGCUCCUGUCCCUCCCAUCUUUAUUGCAUGCAGUUUGGACCCAUCCUGUGCUGGCAGCCACUCCAAGGACUGAGCUUUCCCUUGCGACCACAACUCUGCCUGCUGUUCCCUCCAUGUUAUGUACCACAAUGUCCUGGAGCACCAGUCUAUUUGAGCUAUCAUUACUCUAUAUAAAUAAAGAGAAAUUCAAGUUCUACCCA